GGGAGAGGAGAAAUGAUGCGAGGGAGGGGAGGAUGUCAAGUUGGGCAGAAAUUAGGGUGGGGAAAAAGAGGAAAAAAUGAGAUGGGGAAAGGACGUGGCAGGUAGGACCAGGGCUGGAGGGGGUGAGAUGAGGGUAUUGUGGGACUCUGUGAUCCCAGACAGAGAGGGGGUCGGUGCUGACGGGAGGAGAGGAGAGGUAGCAUGUGAUGACGGGAGGGCAUGGCAGGGGCGGGAGGGGUGGAGGACCUGCCCUAUCUCAGCUCCCCUCCCUGACCUCAUGCUGGUCCUCCCCUUCUCCUCCCCCUGCUCGCUGCAGGCUCCCUCCUUCUCACUGCCGCUGGCUGCCCAGAUCGACGGGUUGCGCGGCUCAGUGAACCCCUGCUGCAGGGAACAAGCAAGGGACAUCCAGGGAGCUCAGGGCUGCCAAGGGGAGCCCACCCUGCCCUGCCCUGAGGCCCGCUCCUGAGGCUGGGGACAGAACAGGUGCAGAGGCACUGCAGCCGCUCACUGCCCAGCCUCCUGAAUGAUGCCAAGCCAAUGUUCCCUAAUCUCCAACCUGGCCCUCCUGGUGCUGCUGGGCACAGUCAGAGCAGGCCCUUUCUCUUCACGCUCCAAUAUGCCACUUCCAACUUCACGGCCCCCUCCUCAGCCAGGGGGCCGCACAGCGGAGCCAAGACGGGGGAAGCCCUCUUCUCAGCUUUAUGAGCACACUGUGGAAGGAGGGGAAAAGCAGGUGGUGUUCACCCACCGCAUUAACCUGCCCCCUUCGGCUGUCUGUGGCUGUCCCCCGGGCACUGAGCCCCCUGUCCCGGCUUCAGAGGUACAGGCCCUAAGGGUUCGACUAGAGAUCCUGGAGGAGCUGGUGAAGGGGCUCAAGGAACAGUGCACUGGGGGAUGCUGUCCUGUUGCUGCCCAGGCUGGCACAGGCCAGACAGACAUUCGUAGUCUCUGCAGUCUCCAUGGUGUGUUUGACCUGAGCCGCUGCGCCUGCUUCUGCGAGCCAGGCUGGAGUGGGCCCACAUGCUCGGACCCCACAGACGCUGCGGUGCCCCCUUCCUCCCCACCCUCAGCCUCCGGAUCUUGUCCAGAUGACUGUAACGAUCAGGGGCGCUGUGUCCUUGGUCGCUGUAUGUGCUUCCCUGGCUACACCGGCCCCAGCUGUGGCUGGCCCUCCUGCCCCGGGGACUGCCACGGCCGCGGGCGCUGCGUGCAGGGCGUGUGCGUGUGCCGGACAGGCUUCUCGGGCGACGACUGCAGCCUGCGCUCCUGCCCUCGAGGCUGCAGCCAAAAGGGGCGCUGCGAGGACGGGCGCUGCGUGUGUGACCCCGGCUAUACUGGCGAGGACUGUAGGGUGAGGAGCUGCCCUCGAGGUUGCAGCCAGAGGGGGCGCUGCGAGGACGGGCGCUGCGUGUGCAACCCCGGCUAUACUGGCGAGGACUGUAGGGUGAAAAGCUGCCCCCGGGGCUGCAGCCAGAAGGGGCGCUGUGAGAACGGGCGCUGUGUCUGUGACCCUGGCUAUGCUGGCGAAGACUGCGGCUCGCGGAGCUGCCCGAGGGACUGUGGCGAGGGUGGGCGCUGCGUGGAUGGCCGCUGCGUGUGCUGGCCCGGGUACGCGGGCGAGGACUGUAGCACACGGACGUGCCCACGCGACUGCCGGGGCCACGGGCGCUGCGAGGACGGCGAGUGCAUUUGCGACGAGGGCUACAGCGGGGACGAUUGCGGCGUGCGCAGUUGCCCCGGGGACUGCAACCAAAGGGGUCGUUGCGAGGAUGGCCGCUGCGUGUGCUGGCCCGGGUACACAGGGCCCGACUGCGGCGCGCGCGCCUGCCCGCGCGACUGUCGGGGCCGUGGGCGCUGCGAGAACGGCGUGUGCGUGUGCAACGCGGGCUAUAGCGGCGAGGACUGCGGCGUGCGCAGCUGUCCUGAGGAUUGUCGCGGCCGGGGCCGUUGCGAGAGUGGCCGCUGCGUGUGCUGGCCCGGGUAUACUGGCCGGGACUGCGGCACGCGGGCCUGCCCUGGCGACUGUCGCGGGCGCGGGCGCUGCGUGGACGGCCGCUGCGUGUGCAACCCGGGCUUCACGGGAGAGGACUGCGGGAGCCGUCGGUGCCCCGGGGACUGCCGCGGUCGGGGCCGCUGCGAGGAUGGCGUGUGUGCGUGCGACACAGGCUACGAGGGAGAGGACUGCAGUGCGCGCAGCUGCCCUGGAAGUUGCCGAGGCCGCGGCCAGUGCCUAGACGGGCUCUGCGUGUGCGACCACGGCUACUCAGGCGACGACUGUGGCGUGAGGCGGUGCCCGCGCGACUGCAGCCAGCGUGGCGUGUGCCAGGACGGAGUGUGUGCCUGUUGGGAGGGCUACGCCGGAGAGGACUGCGCCCUCCGUACCUGCCCUUCCAACUGCCACGGGCGCGGCCGCUGUGAGGAUGGCCGCUGUGUGUGCGACUCAGGCUACACCGGACCCUUCUGCGCUUCCCGCAGCUGCCCCGCCGACUGCCGGGGCCGUGGGCGCUGUGUGCAGGGAGCUUGCGUGUGCCAUGCGGGCUAUAGCGGCGAGGACUGUGGGCAGGAAGAGCCUCCCGCCAGUGCCUGCCCGGGGGGCUGCGGGCCCCGGGAACUGUGCCGAGCCGGCCAAUGUGUAUGCGUCGAGGGCUUCAGAGGCCCUGACUGCGCCAUUCAGACGUGCCCUGGAGACUGCCUCGGCCGGGGAGAGUGUCGUGAGGGUCAAUGCGUCUGCCAAGACGGCUAUGCAGGGGAGGACUGUGGAGAAGAGGUGCCAGCCAUUGAGGGCAUGAGGAUGCACCUACUGGAAGAGACGACAGUUCGGACCGAGUGGACCCGGGCUCCCGGCCCCGUGGAUGCCUAUGAAAUUCAGUUCAUCCCCACGACGGAGGGGGUGAGCCCCCCGUUCACGGCGCGGGUGCCCAGCUCUGCUUCAGCCUAUGACCUGAGAGGACUGGCCCCCGGUCAGGAGUACCAGGUCACCGUCCGCGCCCUUCGAGGGACUAACUGGGGCCCUCCUGCCUCCAAGACCAUCACCACCAUGAUUGAUGGCCCCCAGGACCUCCGGGUAGUAGCCAUGACUCCAACCACGCUGGAGCUCAGCUGGCUGCGCCCCCAGGCCGAGGUGGACCGAUUUGUGGUGUCCUAUGUCAGUGCUGGAAACCAGAGGGUGCGGCUGGUAGUGCCUUCUGAGGCCGACGGGACUGUGCUGACUGACCUGAUGCCAGGCGUGGAGUAUGUGGUGACUGUCACUGCGGAGCGGGGCCGGGCAGUAAGCUACCCUGCUUCCGUCAGGGCCAACACAGCACCAGGCCACUACAGUUACCCGGAGGUGCACUCCCCAGCCCUGUCCCCCAAGCCCCGUCCUCGGCCGGCCCCGGCCCCGGCCCCGCGGACCCCGCGCCCAGCUCGGCCCACUCGGCCCACUCGGCCCCCUCGGCCUGCAGAGGAGCGGCAGGAGGAGUCUGGGCCUGGGCCUAGCCUGCCCCAGCCCUCUCGGCGGCCGUGGGGCAACCUGACGGCCGAGCUGGGCCGCUUCCGCGGCACGGUGCAGGACCUGGAGCGCCACCUGCGGGCUCACCGCUACCCACUGCGGGCCAACCAGACCUACACGUCGGUGGCGCGCCGCAUCCACGAAUACUUGCAGCGGCGUCUGGCGGCGGUCGCCCCCGGCUCCCCCGCACCCUCGCCCGUCCGCUCCCACCCCACCACUAGCCCCGACUCUGACCAGGGCAUCUACGGCCUCUCGCCGGAAGGCGUCAAUGGGGUGGCUGCAGCCCGCCACCCCAAGCCUGAGGUGCUGGGCAGUUCCGCUGAUGGCGCACUACUCGUGUCCCUCGAUGGGCUCCGCGGCCACUUCGAGCGCGUGGUGCUGCGCUGGCAGCCCCAGCCGCCCGCAGAGGGCCCCCUCGGGGAGCUGACUGUGCCGGGCACCACGCGCACCGUCAGCAUACCCGACCUCAGGCCUGGCACUACCUACCAUGUGGAGGUGCACGGGGUGCGGGCAGGGCAGACCUCCAAGUCCUACGCCUUCAUCACCACCACAGGGUCCUUCCCCUCGGGCCUCUUGGGGGCCACUGAUGAGCCUCCUCCCUCAGGCCCUUCAACGACUCAAGGGGCUCAGGCCCCUGGCCUGCAUCAGCGCCCCCAGGAGCUGGGAGAAAUGAGGGUGCUGGGCAGAGAUAAGACAGGGCACCUGCGCGUGGCCUGGACGGCCCAGCCUGACACCUUUGCCCACUUCCAGCUGCGCCUACGGGUGCUUGAUGGGUCACGGGCACAUGAGGAAUUACUGCCAGGGGAUGUCCGCCAGGCUCUGGUGCCCUCACCACCUCCUGGAACGCCCUAUGAGCUGUCACUUCGUGGGGUGCCCCCUGAGGGCGAGCCCUCUGCCCCUCUCAUCUACCAAGGCAUUAUGGACAGGGAUGAGGAAAAGCCUGGGAAGCCCUUGGUCCCACCACGCCUGGGAGAGCUGGCAGUGACAGAUGUGACUCCCAACUCCCUACUCCUGCACUGGACGGUCCCCGAGGGCACGUUCGACUCCUUCAUGAUCCAGUACAAGGACAGGGAUGGGCCCCGGGUGGUGCCAGUGGAGGGGCCCCAGCGCUCUGCCCUCAUCACCAACCUGGAUAUGGGCCGCAAGUACAAAUUCAUCCUGUACGGGCUUGUGGGCAAGAAGAAGCAUGGCCCCCUAGUGGCUGAAGCCAAGAUUGUGCCUCAGAGGGUUCCCAGCCCAACGACUCCACCCCGCCUGGGAAUGCUGUGGGUGACAGAUCCCAGCCCGGACUCGCUGCACCUCUCCUGGACUGUCCCUGAGGGCCAAUUCGACUCUUUUGUGGUCCAGUACAAGGACAGGGAUGGAAGGCCUCAGGUGGUACCUGUGGAAGGACCAGAGCGCUCGGUCACUGUCUCCCCUCUGGACCCUGACCACAAGUACAGAUUCAGUCUGUUUGGGAUUGCCAACAAGAAGCGGCAUGGCCCGCUCACAGCUGACGGCACCACUACCCCAGAGAAGACAGAGGAGCCCCGCCACCCACAGCCCCCCGUACAGCCGCUGUUGGGGGAAGUGACUGUGACUGGCUCGACUCCAGACUCCCUGCGCCUGUCCUGGACGGUGGCCCAGGGCAACUUUGACUCCUUCCUGGUCCAGUACAAGGAUGCACAGGGGCAGCCCCAGACAGUGGUGCGCGUCGGGGGCGAGGAGAGGGAAGUCACCGUGCGGGGCCUGGAGCCGGGGCGCAAGUACAAGAUGCACCUGUAUGGCCUGCAUGGGGGACAGCGCGAGGGGCCCGUGUCCACCGUGGGCGUGACCGCCCCUGAAGAGGAGUCCCCUGCCAGCCCCGCUCUGAAGCCACAGCUGGGAGAGCUGACUGUGACAGAUGCCAGCCCGGACUCCCUGCGCCUCUCCUGGACCGUCCCCGAGGGACAGUUUGACCACUUCCUGGUUCAGUACAAGAACGGGGACGGGCAGCCCAAGGUGGUGCGGGUGCCAGGACACCAGGACGAGGUCACCAUCUCGGGCUUGGAACCAGACCACAAGUACAAGAUGAACCUGUACGGCUUCCAUGCCGGCCAGCGCCAGGGCCCCAUCUCCACCAUCGGUUUCACUGCCUCGGGAAAGGACCAAGAAGUGACCCCAACCCCAACAGACCUGCCCACCAUGACGCCCCAGCCUCCCAUCAAGCCGCGCCUGGGGGAGCUGGCAGUGACUGACACCACCCCCGACUCCCUGCGCCUCUCCUGGACUGUCCCCGAGGGACAGUUUGACCACUUCCUGGUUCAGUACAAGAAUGGGGGCGAGCAGCCCAAGGUGGUGCGGGUGCCGGGACAUCAGGACGAGGUCACCAUCUCGGGCCUGGAGCCUGAUCACAAGUACAAGAUGAACCUGUAUGGCUUUCAUGGUGACCAGCGCCAGGGCCCCGUGUCUGCCUUCGGGGUGACAGCUCCCCAGGUGGAUGUGGGUGACACCCCCUUCCCCACGGAGCCCAGUACUGAGGCCCCAGAGGCCCCCGAGAAGCCCAUCCUGGGGGAGCUGAUGGUGACAGGAUCCUCCCCCGACUCCCUGCGCCUCUCCUGGACCGUCCCCGAGGGGCAGUUUGACCACUUCCUGGUUCAAUACAAGAAUGGGGACGGGCAGCGCAAGGUGGUGCAGGUGCCAGGACACCAGGACGAGGUCACCAUCUCGGGCCUGGAGCCAGACCACAAGUAUAAGAUGAACCUGUACGGCUUCCAUGGUGACCAGCGCCAGGGCCCCGUGUCUGCCAUCGGGGUGACAGCCUCCCUUCCCACAGAGCCCCUGGUGGCACCCCGCCUGGAGGAGUUGGCUGUGGCAGCCGUGACCUCGGACACAGUGCACCUCUCAUGGUCGGUAGCCCAGGGAGUCUUCGAUUCCUUCCUGGUCCAAUACAGGGAUGUACAGGGGCAGCCCCAGCCCGUGGGUGGAGACCUCCGCGAGGUCACCAUCUCGGGUCUGGUCCCAGCACGCAAGUACAAGUGCCUACUCUUUGAACUCCAGGAUGCGAAAAGUCAUGGCCCACUUUCCACAGAUGCUAAGACCCUCCCAGACACAAAACCUUCUCCUCGCCUGGGAGAGCUGACAGUGACAGGCGUGACCCCGGACUCCGUGGGCCUCUCGUGGACGGUCCCCGAGGGGGAAUUUGACUCCUUUGUGGUCCAGUACAAGGACAGGGAUGGGCAGUUCCACGUGGUGCCUGUGGCCAGGGACCAGCUAGAGGUCACCAUCAGUGGCCUGGCGCCCAGUAAGAAGUACAAGUUCUUGCUCUAUGGGCUGGCAGGCAGGAAGCAGCUGGGCCCCAUCUCUGCUGACGGCACCACAGCUCCCUUGGAGAAGGAGCGGCAGCCCUCGCCCCACCUUGGGGAGCUGAUGGUGACGGAUGAGACCCCAGACUCCAUGCGCCUAUCAUGGACCGUGGCCAAGGGCCCCUUUGACUCUUUCGUGGUCCAGUAUUGGGACACCGAUGGGCAGCCCCAGGCCUUGCUCGUGGGUGGUGACCAGAGCAAGGUCCUUGUGUCAGGCCUGGAGCCCAGCACCCCCUACAAGUUCUUCCUCUACGGCCUCCAUGAAGGGAAGCGCCUGGGACCUGUCUCCGCUCAGGGCACCACAGGGUCAGCUCCUGCCGGUCAGACUUCAGGAGACCCAGGGCCCCGCCUGUCCCACCUGUCUGUGAUGGAUGUGACCACCAGUUCCCUGCGACUCAACUGGGAGGCCCCACCCGGCGCCUUUGACUCCUUCCUGCUUCGUUAUGGGGUCCCAUCACCAAGCACUCUGGAGCCGCACCCACGUCCCCUGCUGCAGCGGGAGCUGACAGUGCCGGGGACGCGGCGCUCAGCCGUGCUCCGGGACCUGCGUCCUGGGACCCUGUACAGCCUUACGCUAUAUGGGCUGCGUGGGCCCCACAAGGCCGACAGCGUCCAGGGCUCCGCCCGUACCCUCAGCCCAAUUCUGGAGAGCCCCCGUGACCUCCAAUUCAGCGAAAUCGGGGAGACCUCAGCCAGGGUCAGCUGGAUGCCCCCACCGUCCAGAGUGGACAGCUUCAAAGUUUCCUACCAGCUGGCAGAUGGAGGGGAGCCACAGAGCGUGCAAGUGGACGGCCGAGCCCGGACCCAGAAACUCAAGGGGCUGAUCCCAGGUGCUCACUAUGAGGUGACUGUGGUCUCCAUCCGAGGCUUUGAGGAGAGUGAGCCCCUCACAGCCUUCCUCAUCACGGUUCCAGAUGGCCCCACCCAACUGCGUGCACUGAACUUGACAGAGGGAAACACCGUGCUGCACUGGAAGCCACCUCAGGCUCCUGUGGACACCUAUGACAUCCAGGUCACAGCCCCAGGGGCCCCGCCUCUGCAGGCCUCAGCCCCGGGCAGCGCUGUGGACUACCCCCUGCAUGGCCUUAUGCUUCACACCAACUAUACAGCAACUGUGCAUGGCCUUCGGGGCCCCAACCUCACCUCUCCAGCCAGCAUCAUCUUCACCACAGGGUUGGAGGGCCCCUGGGACUUGGAGGCCAAGGAAGUGACCCCCCGCACAGCCCUGCUUACUUGGAUUGAGCCCCAAGUCCCACCGACUGGCUACCUGCUCACCUACGACACCCCUGGUGGACAGAUCCAGAGUCUGCUCCCAGGAGGGGUCACUUCUCACCGGCUCCUGGGCCUGUUUCCCUCCACCACCUACAAAGCAUGGCUCUGGGCCAUGUGGGGCGAGAGCCUCGCGCCGCCCGUGUCCACUUCCUUCACCACAGGUGGACUGCGCGUCCCCUUUCCCCGGGACUGUGGGGAGGAGAUGCAGAACGGGCCCGGCACCUCGAGGACGACCACCAUCUUCCUCAAUGGCAACCGCGAGCGGCCCCUGAACGUGUUUUGUGACAUGGAGACCGAUGGGGGUGGCUGGCUGGUGUUCCAGCGCCGCCUGGAUGGACACACAGACUUCUGGAGGGACUGGGAGGACUAUGCUCACGGCUUUGGGAACAUCUCCAGCGAGUUCUGGCUGGGCAACGAGGCCCUGCACAGCCUGACAAAAGCUGGGGACUACUCCAUGCGUGUGGACCUGCGGGCUGGGGAUGAGGCGGUGUUUGCCCAGUAUGACUCCUUCCGGGUAGACUCAGCUGCUGACUACUACCGCCUCCACCUGGAGGGCUACCAUGGCACAGCAGGGGACUCCAUGAGCUACCACAGUGGCAGCGUCUUCUCUGCCCGUGAUCGAGACCCCAACAACUUGCUCAUCUCCUGCGCUGUCUCCUACCGAGGGGCCUGGUGGUACAGGAACUGCCAUUAUGCCAACCUCAAUGGGCUCUACGGGAGCACAGUGGACCACCAGGGAGUGAGCUGGUACCACUGGAAGGGCUUCGAGUUCUCCGUGCCCUUCACGGAAAUGAAGCUGAGACCCAGAAGCUACCGGGCCCCCGCCUAGGGAGGCCGAGCCUCGGAUCACCUCUCCCGCCCACGGAUGACUGUGGAGCACUGAAGGACUGCGAGGAGAGAAGAGCCAGGGGCCCCCUUCACCGACCAGCCACCUGAGGAAGCCUCUACCCGCGAUCUCACAGCAUUAUGUUUACAGGGGGGAGGGAAGGGGUUUGUGCGGGAGCAAUAAAAGGAAAAACUGAGGCACCAGA